GGUGCAGCUCCGAGGCGGAUUACAGAACAAACUCACCUUCUGUGUCAGGGAGUCAUUUCUAGUUGUUUUGGCCCGGGGGGACCAAACUCUUCAUGAAUCAUCUUUUCUCUUAAUUUUGUAAUAUAAAGUCGUCGAAUCUAUUUUGCGCGGAGAGGUGAAUUUGUUUUCUCCCUGACGCGGAGUUGAACCCGGAGGAGAGAGUCGAUCCACUCGACUGACUCCGACUCGUCACCUGCGCUCGGCGCGUCGCUCGGUGCGUGUUGUCGAAGUAGACUACGAGAAGAAGAAGAAGAAGAAGAAGAAGACGAAGAAGAAGACGAAGACGACGAAGAAGAAGACGAAGAAGAAGACGAAGACGACGAAGAAGAAGAAGACGAAGAAGAAGACGAAGGAGCUAUUUACAUCCGACAGCUUCUUCCACGUCUUUAAACAUUGAUUCUGAGAUGCAGCUUAAAUCAGACACACGUGGACGUCAGGAGGAGGAGGAUCAAUGAUGCUGCCCGCUUCAAUUUCCUCAGCUUCAGCACCAAAUAGUCACGUCAGUCAGCUGAGCAGAUACACGAGCAGCCACCUCAACACGCCCGAGGAGGACGAUGAGACCAUGAGCCUCACGGAGCGAGAAGCCCGGGACCCCUCCCCAAAACGCGACGGACGCCGACCAGAGAACUCCACCUCCGCCGACGGCUCCCUGUUCAGCGCGAUGGGGCCGGACACAGAGCGGGGACGCCCACGCGGCGGCGCUCUCCCCCAGCCCGGCCCGAGCUACUGCUCCUACCGGCCGCACAGCUACGCGGCUGCGUACGGUCAGCCCACUCCGUUUCCCAGCCAGGCCGAGGGGCCGUGGCUCCACCCGAGCUUUGCCAGCGGCUGGUCGGGGUAUCCCAACAGCCUGCCGUCGUACUUGAGCCAGAAGGAUUACUCCUGCUGCUCCGCGGAGAGCUGCCACUCGGGGAACAAGUGCCUGGCCCUCCCCCGCGGACACAGCACCCCGAUGAGCAGCCUGGAGCAGCCGCUCUCCUUGCACUCCAACCCGCCGUCGACCGACCUGCGUCACCACACCCUGUCUCCGUACGCGUGCUCGCCGCCGGGAGCCGCCUGCUGCGCCCAGUGCCAGGCGGACACCUUCAACAGGGGUCUUAUGGCCAACAGCCCCCCUGGGCCUCCGUACCACCCAGCGUAUAGCCCGUACUCUCCAGGUGACUACAGACUUCCUGGAGCUGGAUACACACAGAUUGGCCACAACGCUCCGGCCAAAGAGAAGCACCCUGCGUACAGCACCCUGCUGUCUCUGGAGCAGAGGAGGGUCUUCGUCACGUACGAAGCCGACAACGACAAACACGUCAAUGAGAUCAUCAACUUUGUUGCCCUGCUGCGGCACAACGGCUUUGAUACGCAUAUCGACAUUUUCGAGCAGCAGUUCCGCAGUAUAAGCAAGAUCGACUUCAUGGAGCGGUACCUCAGCGAGAAGGAGUACCUGAUCAUCAUCAUCAUCAGCCCCAAGUACUACGAGACGGUGACGGCCUCGCCCGUCGGCCUGGAGACCGACGAGAGGACCUUCAACACCGUCUACAUACACAAGCAGCUGCAAAAUGAGUUCAUCCAGAACGGAAGCAAGAAUUUCAGGUUCAUCCCCAUUUUGUUCCCUGGGGCUAGAAAGUGUCACGUCCCCAACUGGCUUCAGAACACCAACGUGUACGGGUGGCCGCGCGACCGGGACGACAUCCUGCGGCGGCUCAUGAGGGUGGAGAAGUACAAUCCUCCUCCGAUCGGGGAGCUGCCAACCAUUGUUUCCAUCCCCAUAUAGAGACCUUUCACCUGGACUGAAAUCCCAGACUUUCUCCCUUGACCACUCCUGGUCAUUUAUUUUUUUUAUUUUUGGAUCCAUCAAAUAUGUUGUGUGUGUGUGUGUGUGUGUGUGUGUGUGUCUGACUGUGUAGAGGUUGUAAAUUGUUGUAAUGUGCAGGGUGCUGUGUGAACGUUCCUCCGGGGAUACGCUGCGUUAAGUGUCACUGGUUCCUUGAAGGUUCCACAGAAGACACAGAAAGCUUUUUUGGUCUCCGUGGUUACAGUAGUCAGUGGACUGUACACACUGGCUUAUCAUGGACUGUACACACUGGCUUAUCAUGCUGCAGGUUUUAACCUUUAAGCCCUCUGUGUUCCACUGGCUGUAAAACCUCCAGUCAUGUUUACUGGUGCUACUCCACGUUCAUUCUUUUCACAGCCUGACAAGGACAGUGUUUGUUUCUUUAAUGCGCAUAUAUUCUACUAUAAAAUCUAGAAAUCUC